CUGGGUUCCGUCUUGUGCUGACAGUUAUUUGUUGUUUUAAUGUUCUGGGCAGUUAGUUCUCCUAUCUCAUUUGGGUCAGUUUCUUAACUCUCAACUAUGGGGCUGGAGCUGUACUUGGACCUGCUGUCCCCUGCUUGCAGAGUUGUUUACAUCUUCGCCAAGGCAAACAGAAUCCCGUUCGAGUACAAGGUGGUGGCACUUAUGAAAGGGGAACAACUUUCUGAGGACUUUGGAAAGGUGAACCCUUUAAAGAAAGUUCCGGCUUUGAAGGAUGGAGACUUCACCAUGUCUGAGAGUAUUGCAAUCCUGCAGUAUUUGGCUGAAAAGUACAAGCUGUCUGAUCACUGGUAUCCUGCCAACUUGGAAAAACGUGCUAAGAUCAACGAGUUCUUGUUAUGGCAUGUUAAUGUGGUCCGUCCUCUAAUGGUAAAGGAUUUCUGGUUCAAGGUUAUGGCUCCCACGCUUUUAGGAAGGACUGCUCCUGCAGAGAGGCUAGAGGCAGUUGCACAAGAGUUCAGUACAGUCCUGGACCAAUUUGAGAAAACAUUUCUGCAGGGCAAGACCUACAUCUCAGGAGAGGAGAUUUCAGUGGCUGAUGUGGUGUCAUUCUGUGAUCUCAUACAGAUGGGGGAUGUUCAUUUAUCGGUGUAUAAUAAUUCCAAUAUGUCCUUGACUACUCGUACUGGUCAAAAUAUUUUUGAGAAACGUCCAAAGAUGGCCGCCUGGCGUCAGAAUGUGGAAUCGCACAUAGGAUUGGAGUUGAUCAAUGAGGCACAGAAAGCAGCCCUAAGUGCUGGAAGCUAUUCCAAGGAUUCCAUGGACCCUAAAGGUGUAGAAUGGUUAACAGCCCGGGUCAAGUUGCUGCUUCCAUAAUGCCAGGGAGUGGGCGAAUUAACAUUUUGUUCAAACUUCUUCUCUUUUUUGUCUGACAAGCUUUUUUGUUAUUUCUUAGCUAAAUAAAUUCAUACAAAUCUUGUGUAACUAUUGGAAAAUGGAAAUUCAGGCAGUACCUAGAAAGAGUUUAUUAAUGAUCGUUAGUUUCAUAGGUUUUAAAAUGUUGCAGAUCAACCAUAGCAUUUAAUGACAGCCAUGUUUACCGUCUGGUGCAGUUGUAUGAUUAGACCCAAACACUUUAAAAUCGAAGUACAAGUAAUCUGAGUUUAAGUAGUAGUAAUUUUCACCAAACUGGUUAUAAACAUCAGUGAGAAAAGUCUGUUCUUAUGCCUGCUGUUUGACUGGACAAAAAAAUAAUGCAAGAAAGAAAAGAUUAAUAAUAGCUUGUGUUUACUUAAUAGCAAAUUCAGAUCAUAUCCAUUCUCAUAGAGCUAAGACCAUGUAUAAUGUAAUUUGUCACUUUGUUCGUAAUGCUUGCUAUAAACCAAAUAAUUCUAGCAAACAUAUUAGAAACCCGGUAUGUCCAAGAUGUACUCGUUUUCUUAAAAUGUUUGAUAAAAAUAAACAUAAUCUGCAUUAA